UUUGGCGUUUACGGCCGCGUAUGGUUGGAACGGCCGGUGGCUGGGCGGUUCCGACCAGCUGACUCCGCUUUUCGAGGAUUAGCUCAAAGCAGCGGAGGUUGUGGGCAACGGUUCGCGGCAGCUGAAGUCCCCUGCAAAGCAUGGAUGCGGACUUGCGCUGCCAGGUGGAAGUGAUUUUCCAGUCUACCUUGGCGGACACCAACGGUCUCCUGGAACGGGAGAGCUGUAUCGACUUCCUACAAUCCAUUGGUGGUACCAAGCAAGAGGCGAACGCCCUGCUGAAGGAGUAUGACCAACAGGAGCCUCACAUCAGUGUCAAGGACUUCCUGGACAUCCUCUGUGGCCCCGAAAAAAAGGCGCCGGCCGAGGCAACGGAAACUGCAGGAAAUGUGAAGGAAGUCCCUCAGCCGGUCGAGCCGCUCAAGGAGGAACCAACGGUCGAAGCGGUCGAGGAACAUGGCGUAGAUCCAGCGCCCGUCGAGUCACAGACCGAAGCGGAACCUGUAGAACUGCCCAAAGAGGAGGAGCCGUUGGAAAUCACCGCCACCACCGCAGGAACUGCGGAAGUUACUGAGGUGCAGGACGACUCGGCGCCGGAGAGGACUUGCGAUAUGUGCGGCACCAAGACGGAAGUCACCCAAGAUCCCACAGAUCUGGGAUGGUAUUGCGAACCGUGC